AUGGCUAGCCUAAACACCUCCCCAACCUCCUGGUGGAAACCCGCCGCCCUACCCCUCUUCACGAGCCUGCUUGCCCUGCUCGGCGCCGCAGACGGGGGCCUCAACCUUGCCAAGCCCGAAGGCGGGGCCGCGAUGUUCGGCCUCGUGCCCCCGCCGCGGGACACCGUCACCCCGGCCCAGUUCGACGCCUUCCACCACGCCCUCAUCAAGGUCAAGGGCGCCCGCAACCUGCACAUGUCGUCGUGCAUCCUGGGCUUGGUGCUCUACGGCCAGUUUUCCGACGUCUGCCGCGCCUCGCCGCUGGCGGCCACGGCGGUGCGGAGGUGCCUGGGGAUCGUGCUGAUGCUGGGUUCUGGCUUGGGCUUCAGCGGCGCGGCGGUCGUAUCUGAGUACAUGGGGAGUUCUGGUGUCUCCGAUGAGGUGGUCACGGUCGGCAGGGCCAAAGUCAAGGGCCAUUUGAUUGCCAACGUGCCCAUCUUGGCGUUGGGGCUGAUUUAUUUGUUGUACUGA